AUGUGUGAGAUGGAGGAGAACUUUAAUCUUGAAGCAGCUAACUACCAAGACAACAUUACCCGACUCCAGGAAGUGAUCCAAAACAUGAAGGAAGAAAUGGCUUGCCAUCAGCACGAGUACCAAGACCUGCUGAAUGUAAAGAUGGCUCUUGAUAUUGAGAUUGCCACUUACAGGAAACUGCUGGAAGGAGAAGAGAGCAGAAUCACAAUGCCCAUUCCGACUUUUGCAUCCCUGAACCUGACUUGUCCUGUUCUCAGAUUGGGGACAGCCUCCCACCUCCUUCUCCCCAACCUGUGGAAGGACCAGACUCAAAUUCCUCACAUCUUGACCCCUUAGCAAAAGUCCAAGCUAGAACCCCAGGGUGAAGUGCAAACCACAACCCCACAAGUCAUGUGUCCUUGACUAAGUUUUGCAGUCAGAGGCUGCUUUCUAAAGUAGUAUCUCCCAUUUCUUGGAAGGCCACUUCAACUUCAUCUAGUGCUCGGUCGCUUUCUUCACUGUCUUCCCAGUGCUCUCAGUCAAGCUCUACGGGCUCACUGACAUCCCUGAGGUCCAUAGACUAUGCUGCCAACCACAGGACAGACUAUUUCUGCAAGCUGAACAAGGAGAGGGAAUUCCACUACUCUGUCAUCCGGUCCAAGCUGAAUCACAUGGUUUCCAUGCUGUCUAGGAGGGGCAAUGCGGCAGAAAACGACAUAGGCUGCCACCCAGUGAGAUGCAACUUAAAGCCUAGGCAGCAGAUCAGCAAGAGCCUCAUAAACCUCAGAGACUUUGCACUCUAUUCAUCAUAUGACCGCUUCUGA